AUGAACCUUUUACUUCCAUUCCUAAUCUUUAUUUACUCUCUCCAGCCAGCUGCUUGCUGGGGAGAUCUCGGUCACCGUACUGUUGCAUAUCUUGCCCAGAAAUACUUUAGCAAUGAGGCGAAGCAGCUCGUAGACGAUCUCCUGCCCGGCAAUAAUGGGCAGGAUAUCUCAGAUGCAGCAGUUUGGGCUGACAAAAUGCUGAGGACAAUCCACCCGGAAGCUGUCGGGUUUCUUUCACGUCAGAUUGUGGUCGCAGAGGAUACAAAUCAGCUUAGCGAUCAAAACCUAGCCAAGGAUGAUCAAGCUGAUGCCCUCAAGUUUCUCAUUCAUUUUCUGGGUGACAUACAUCAGCCAUUGCAUGUGGAAGCUCUGGAGCAAGGCGGAAAUAAGAUCCAUGUAUGCUUUGACCAUUAUUGUUCUAAAGAGAACCUCCACGCCAUCUGGGACACAGACAUUCCUCAUAAAAUGAACGGCAUCAAACAUAACCGAAAACAUAAUGAGGAAAAAGAGCCGGCUGAACGGUGGGCAGCAAGUCUCUUUCAGGCAAAUAGGUUCAGGCCUUAUUAUGCGGAGUGUUCAGACAUUCAGAACCCUUUGGAAUGUGCUAUGCUGUGGGCAAAGGAGACAAACAGACUAAACUGUGAUUAUGUCUUGAAAAAUGGCAUCGACUGGGUUGAAGAAAAUGACCUUGGUGGCGAAUAUUACGAUGGUGCUGCCCCUAUUGUGAAUGAACAGAUCUAUAAGGCAGGGGUCCGCUUGGCUACAUGGAUAAACACUUUGGCAGCUCAGAGGACAUCUUCAAUGGGCUACCUUGCUGCACAGGGUGGGAGGCUAGGAAGAUACUUCUAG